AUGAGUGGAUGCCACGUUGUCGAUUCUGGGGUUAGCAGAAUCUUGGGAUCACGAGAGGAUCAGGAAGACAGGUAUAUCGCGCUCCACCCCGGGUCUCUGAAGUCGCGGAAAGAGCUUGCGCUCUUCGCCGUUUACGAUGGACACGGCGGCUCAGAGGCUGUAAAUCACGUGUCACAAAACUUUGUCACACAUCUCGAGCAACACUUUGGCAAACCAAAAGAAUCCACACCUGAAGCCUACCACUUAGCCAUCCAGCGAGCACUGAAAGCUGUAGACCGAGACCUGGAUAGAGCGGAUCUCAGCGGCGGGUCAACAGUAGCCCUUGUUCUCAUCGACACCAAACAAGGUAUCCUCGUUCAAGCCAAUCUCGGUGACAGUCAUGUCGUCUACGCAGAUCACCUGCCUGAAUCACAAUCGCCCACUACAGGAAGCGGAAGCAGUGAUAGCCCCAUCGAUGAUGACCUACCAACCGGGUGGUCUGUCGAGACCCUCAGUGAGGAGCAUGCCCCAGACAGCCCGGCUGAGAAGAAGAGAAUCGAGGAAGCGGGCGGGGAAAUCAAUUAUGGAACUGGUAUCGCUAGAAUAGGAGCCGUCAACAUGUCUCGCGCACUCGGAGACAUCGACUACAAAAAACCUCGAGUAAACCGUCUGGCAGGUCACAACUUGUCCGAUCUCCCUGGCGUCGAAACCGGUCUAGCUCCCGGCGCAAGUGCAAAGCAUGACCUGGUAUCGAACAAAGCACAUUUCGCAACACGCCACCUCCACGGCCAGAGUCUUAUCCUCCUCGCUUCCGACGGCGUAGGCGAUGCAAAAGAUGCAGAGGAAGUCACCAGACUAGCAGUUGAUCGAUGGAAACAAGGGGUCUCAGCAGCAGUCAUUGCGAAGGAGCUCACGAGUAGAGAGGGCAAAAUGAGGGGCGCUGACAAUUGCACGGUCAUUGUCGUAAUCCUCGAUACGGAAAAGAAGGGACGAAGAUCAAGAUCGGAUAGCAUGCGCGCAAGCCUGGAAAUACCAGAUAUCGAAGGAAGCGGGUCACGUCGGCGAAGGAGAUCAUCGAUUGCUAAGAUCAAGGACUGGAUACGUGAUUAG